AUGCAAUUGACACCAACUACACAACUCAAAUGUCUUGUUGGCGGUGGUGCUGGUUUCAUCGGCAGUCACUUAGCACGACGAUUGAAAUUAGAAGGUCAUUAUGUAAUUGUAGCAGAUUGGGCACGAAAUGAAUAUUUUAUUGAAGAUGAAUUCUGUAAUGAAUUUCUUCAUAUUGAUUUACGUGUACUUGAUAAUUGUCUCAAAGCAUCAGCUGGAUGUGAUUGGGUAUUUAAUUUAGCUGCCGAUAUGGGUGGAAUGGGCUUUAUCGAAUCGAAUCAUUCUCUGCUCGUCGCAAUGGUUAUGACCGAAGAUGCAAAAAGUUUACGUGAGGAUGAUGCAUGGCUUGGAAAACCACAAGGUGCAUAUGGUCUGGAGAAACUCGUUUCCGAAGAAAUUGCCAAGCAUUAUGGCCAUGAUUUUUCACUCGAAAUUCGUAUUGCUCGAUUUCAUAAUAUUUAUGGACCUCAAGGUACAUGGAAAGGAGGUCGAGAGAAAGCACCGGCAGCUUUUUGCCGCAAAGUGCUUGUCGCAUACGAAGGAAAUAAUAACGGUGUAGUGCAAAUAUGGGGUGAUGGGAAACAAACACGCUCAUUCUGUUAUAUUGAUGAUUGUAUCGAAGGUGUUCUACGAAUAAUGAUGAGUGACUAUAAUAAACCUUUAAAUUUAGGUAGUGAUAAAAUGUUUUCAGUCAAUGAAAUAUGCGAUAUAGUAGCUGAAGUUGGAGGCGUUUCAAUUCAUAAAAAAUAUAUUUCCGGACCUGAAGGUGUUCGUGGUCGUAAUAGCGACAAUACACGUAUCCAAUCGAUACUUAAUUGGGCACCACAUAUAACUCUUAAAGAAGGUAUUCGAAAAACGUAUGCUUGGAUCCAAGGUGAAAUCGAAAAAGAACGAUCAUCGAUAAAUAUCGCUCAAUAUGCAGAUUCAAUCAUCAUUAAGGAAGCGAUUAAUAGCUUGCAACAGAUUGGGGAAGUUAAAAACUAA